CUAUCCCGAUCCCACUUUAAGAGGUUCCAUGGUCACACAUCCCAAUCUUGCGUGCUCCCCGUUCCAACCAGGCAUGCAACCCAUGCAACACACGAAAAUAACACUAACGGAGCUUAGUUUGGAUUUCGACAGAAUCCGGUCGUCAACCAUGGUUUGAGACUUCUCCUUGAGCUCAAUGAACAUGUCCUCUGUGAAUGAGAACGCCUCACCCGCCCAAACUUGGCCCGAGCUCUUGGACCAAUUGGCGGCCAAGGCCAAACGGGAAGGCACCCUUAAGGCCCUGAGCUCAGCCGAAGGAUUCACCGAGAAAGUUCGCAGAGUCCAAGAAAUCAACGGCCUCCGACGAAAACUGGUCUCUUGGAUUUCGCAAUGUUCCGAAUCUGCCUACGGUAAAUCCGGCGGUACGGCAUCACGUCUACGAGAUGAGGGCAAUCUGAAGUUCAAGCGCAAUGACAAUCUCGGUAGUCUUAAAUUUUACACCGAGAGCGUGAUCUGCGCCCCGGCCUUGGGACCCGAACUCAGUCUAGCUUUUGGCAACCGCUCGGCUGCCCUAUAUCAUUUGGGUCGCUAUCAAGAUUGCCUGCAAGACAUUGAAUUGGCUCUGAAGCAUCGCUAUCCGAAGAAUCUCGAGUUCAAACUCCAUCAAAGACGCGGUCAAUGUUUCGUCAAGUUGGGCGAGUUUGAUCCAGCCAAGGCAGCCUUUGACUUGGCCAUCCAGGCGUUGGAUCUCAUUCCCAAAUUAACCCCUGAGAAGCGAGAUUCCUUAUCCCGGGAUAUCCAAGCCUUAUCGGUGGAAAGCGUGUCGAUUUCGAAGAGCCAGACCAGUCUCCCGGAGGCAUGGCCGGGGUCCAUACCGCCCACAUUUGAGCCUACCAAUCCUGAUCUCCCCGGUGCAACUUCGAGCUUGUCUGUGAAACGAGAUCCGGAGAAAGGUCGCUUUGUCGUCGCAGAUGAAGAAGUCGCCGUUGGUCAGGUUCUGUUCUCGGAAUUACCCUAUGCUUCGAUUUUGCUACUCGACCAAUAUUCCACACACUGCCACCAUUGCUACAAACGCUUUUACGCUCCCAUUCCUUGCUUGAAAUGCACCCAAGCGCGUUAUUGUUCGGAGGACUGUCGUACCGACUCUUGGGAUCAGUAUCAUCAACACGAAUGCGCUCACCUAGACUUACUGCACUCGGUAGGGAUCGCUCAUCUGGCCUUGAGAACCGUGGAAGUGACGGGGUACAAUAAUUUGAUCAACCUCAAACCGUUCUUCAACCAAAUUACUUUGAGCUCCACGAGUUUGUUCCCAUCCGGAGAACCUUACCGAAACGUGGUGGAUUUGGUGGAACACAGCCGAACAAUGCCACCCGAUGAGAUAUUCCAAUAUGCGACCACAGCCUUGCUUCUGACCAUGUAUUUGAGCCAAAGAACAUCCUUCUUCUCAUCGGGAUCCAUGUCGGGUUUGAAGCUAGAUCCGAGUCUGGAUGUGAACGAGGACUCCCUGGACUUCAUCGGCGGAUUGAUGCUCAAGCAUAUGCUUCAAUUAGUAUGCAAUGCCAGCGCCAUCUACGAGGUAGGGCCAACCAAAGAGGCCUCGGAGGAUUUGAAUAAUGCGGUAAGCGAAACCGAGCAGAGAAGAAUCGCCACCGCUAUUUAUCCGGGAGCCUCCAUGAUGAACCAUUCCUGUGAUCCCACUGUGAUUAACAGCUUCUUUAACAACCGGCUCAUUGUACGGGCUAUAAUGCCCGUAGCAAAAGGUGGAGAGAUAUUCAAUUGCUAUGGUCCGCAUUUUCGUCGUCAUCUGCGUCAAGAACGACUGACUGACUUGCAAAGUCAGUACAACUUCACUUGUCGGUGUUCGCAUUGUGCGGAUCCGAAGGCGGAUUUUCGUCUCCACGGCCGAUUUGCGGCCUUUAAAUGCUCGAACUGUGAUGGACCAAUCCCGGAUAUCUUAAAGGAAGCGGAGUUAACGAAUCAAGAAGAUUGGCAUGCCAAUCAACCCUGCAUGGAUUGCGGCCAAGCUCGGCGGUCCAGCCAACAAAUUGGCGACGUGUUCCUCGGAUUAGAUUUGUUCAAUAAGGGUCAAGAAAUGGCCGCGAGACAAGAUUUCUCGGGGGCGAUCCAUAGCUUUCAGAAAAGUCUGGAAGUUCGAGAAAGGAGCCUUUACAAAAACCAUAAAGACAUUCUCGAGACUCUGGAUAGCCUAGCCAAAUGUCAGGCCAUGAUGGGGAAUUUCUCUCAAAGCGCCGAGUCUCUGCGAAAAUGCAUCAGUAUCGUCGAGAACAGAUAUGGCGCUGUCAGUAUUGAGGUUGGACACGAGUUGGUCAAGUUCUCUGAUAUAUUGGAAGGCCAAAUCGCGGACAACGGGCUCAAUCCAAAAACUGCCGAAGCACUCGAGGCAAUCUUGAAACGCGCGUCCGAGAUUCUACUUUUACACUACGGCAACUGGCACCACGAAUUCCAAGAGGUCCAAGAGAAACUGAAGCAAGUAUCGAUACUCUUGCCUCCGAACAAAUGAUUGAUUAUAUUUUUUAAACUUGGA